CUGAGUUACCGAGUCCUCCGACUCAACCAGACCGAUAAAACCUUGACCCUUGCCAGGUCAGACCUCUGGGAAAACACGUGCCUAACGGAAUUCACUAAUACCCCUCUGGGUUCCACGAUUCUGAAUUACACAUCCGACAAUGAGGACCUCACUAUCUACUACGGUUGCUACGCUAACUUUUCGCUGAAGCCUACUUAUCAGUUUAAUUGUAGCAUUAAUGGGAAAGUGAGCGCUUCUUUUUAUGUGAUCGGUCCGACUCCGACCGAUCCGGUUCUGAAUAUUAAUACAUGCCAAGUCGGGGUCAGACUCAAAAUCCUUCAAACGGCGGCGAUUGAGCUAACAACCAAUCGGUCCGCUCUUAAGGAAGCUUUGAUGAGUGGAUUUAAUGUGACUUAUAGUGAUUGUGGCACUCAGCUGUGUCCCAACCCAGGCUAUUCCUCUAAGUGGUGGAAUCAAUCGUAUAAAGGUGUUGUGGUUGGUAUUGUUGGGACCAUAGCAGUUAUCUUUGUUAUGAUCAUUUGCUACCUCAAAAGAGAACAAUUAUCAAAUAUGGGAGUGAUUAGCAAGAAGAAAACCAAAGACAAUCAAUAUACCAAGGCUUUUAUAAUGAAUCAAGGCUCACUUGCUCCCAAGCAAUAUAGUUAUCCAAAUAUUAAGAAAAUGACUAAUUCAUUCAAAAACAAACUAGGUCAAGGUGGAUAUGGAAGUGUAUACAAAGGAAAGCUAUUGGACGGUCGUUUAGUAGCAGUUAAAGUCAUCAAUGAGUUGAAAGGAAAUGGAGAAGAAUUUAUUAACGAAGUUGCUAGCAUUAGCCGAACUUCACAUGUUAACGUCGUCAGUCUUUUGGGUUACUGUUAUGAGAGAACUAAAAGAGUUCUAGUCUAUGAAUUCAUGCCCAAUGGAUCUUUGGAUAAGUUCAUAUGCAACCCAGAAUCUUCAAGCACAAAUUGUUAGUUAGAACAAAGAACACUUUUUGAAAUUGCAGUUGGCGUUGCUCGAGGAUUAGAGUACUUGCAUCGUAGUUGUAGCACAAGGAUUUUGCAUUUUGACAUAAAACCUCAAAAUAUUCUACUAGAUGAUGAUUUUUGUCCAAAAAUAUCUGAUUUUGGCCUUGCAAGACUAUGCCAAAAGAAGGAGAGUAUUGUAUCUAUGUUGGGUGCCAGAGGAACUAUAGGAUACAUUGCUCCGGAGAUUUUUAGUCGAAACUUUGGAGGAGUCUCUCACAAGUCUGAUGUUUAUAGCUAUGGAAUGUUGAUUCUUGAAAUGGUUGGAGUAACAGAGAAUUUUGAUGCAGAAGUGUCACACACUAGUGAGAGAUAUUUUCUAGAUUGGAUCUAUCAGAAUCUAAAUUUGGAUGAGAAUGUUGAAAACACCUCGGUCUUAACAGAGGAGGACGAACAAAUGAAAAGAAAAAUGAUUUUAGUGGGCUUGUGGUGCAUUCAGACCAUUUCAACAAAUAGGCCAUCCAUGACUAAGGUGGUGGAGAUGUUGGAAGGUAACGUUCAUUCCAUAGAAGUUCCUCCAAAACCCUUUUUUUUUCUCCUACAAGGUCAGUGCAAUAUUCUUCAACAACAUCAUUACCAUAAAAAUUGGUGCGGGGGCUAAAAAUCUACAUGAUCCCAUAAGCAACAAUAGCAAAAGAUUUCAUUUAGUAAAUGGAAUCGUUGCUCACUAAUGCUAAAUAAUAGUUUGGAUGGAAGGUAUGGGGACAAAUGUACCUUGAGACAAUGGGGGCCAUGGUCCCCCUAACCCUAACACUUUUAUUUUAUUUUAUUAUUAUUUUUUUAUGUAAUA